AACAAAUUUUAUUUAUUUGUGGAUCAAUGUUAAUAAAACAACAACAUUAAUAAAAAAAAUAACUAAAAUAUUGUGUUAAAAAUUAGUUUGUUUUGUGUGGUUUAUUUUUAGUUAAUUUAAAAUUAACUAUUUUAUAUUAGUUUAAAAAAACCUAAAAAAUUAUUUAACUAAAUGCUUAAAUUAAUUGUUUGUUAAUAAUAAUAAUAAAAAUUGGUUUUUAUAGUAAAUAUGUCAUUAAAUAAAUUAUUAAAUCUAUUGAUACAGUUAGCUAUAGUAGCAAUAGCUAUAACUGAAACUAGUAAUGCAGGUUUUUUUAGUCAAAAUAAUAAUGAUUUAACUACCGUUCCUAGCAAUCAACCUAACGGUGCUAUUGAUUCUACGAUAACACUUCCCAUAAUAUUGUUCAACAACGAUGAUAAUGCUAUACACUAUGACUUUAUUAGUGACGACACUACUACUACUACUACUACCACUACUAAUCAAUCGGUAAUAAUCACGGAAAAAGCGGCCAAACUCUACUCAACCGACUACAAGAUCAAGUGUCUGGACAUUGAUGUCAGCGACAAAUACAUGGUAUGGUCGAGUGCUUCCUAUCCGUAUCCGAUAUUUUUGGCCGAAUAUCGAUCGAAAGCCGAUCCCAGGGACAGUCGUCGGACACGACUACAAAUCUACAAACGCUCGCUAGUGGUCACCCGUAAGACAUACUACGACCGAUCGGAUGUGGCCAUCGAUUGGGUACACGAUCUGGUCUACUAUUUCAACAAUUCGGCGCUCAGUGUUGUCGACAUCCGGGUGCCCGAAGUUAGCUACGAACUGACUGCUGUCGGUACCGCCGACGAUGAUAGGUUGACAUCGUAUCGGUCAUUCAAGACGGGCAACAUUGCCGUCAAUCCGUACGACGCUUUUAUUGUAUGGUCCGAGUAUAGGGUAUCCGAUGGUAUGGGUGUUAUCCGUCGGUGUCAACAGGACGGCAGUGGCCAACAAAUACUUGUCCAACAAAACGUAUUGCUGCCGAUAUGUUUGGUCAUUGAUUUCCGAAACAAACGUAUCGUAUGGAUUGAUAAUGAUUUGCAUUCGCUAUCAUCGGUUGACUAUAGCGGCGCUAAUCGCCGGACACUCAGAGUAUCCAAACAAUACUUCAGCGACUGUCAGUCUAUGGACAUACAUAACGGAUCACUGUAUUGGACAUCACCUAAACAUAACAAUGUGUUUCGGUAUGAUCUGGACGACAACAGUACUACAACAAGCAGUGGUAAUAUCCGAAAAAUUGUUGAAUCAGAUCUGGACAUUGAUUUUGUACGAAUCAUAAGCUCCGACAAACAAUCCACACAACCGGCCACUAACUACUGUCAGGCGGCUAACUGUUCGCAUCUAUGUCUACCGAAUGGCCCGUCGAGCUACCGGUGCGUGUGUUCCGAUUCGCCCAAUCAAUUGGACACUUGUACCGAACCGAACCAACAAAAGUUUCAAUUGCCAAAACUAGCCGAACCUAAACAAAAUACCAGUGCUAUAGCCGAGCUGACCAACACUGACGAUCCGCUGAUAUUGUUUGUCAGCAGCAGUCGUGACAUACGAUUGGGUAGACUGUUGUCCACUAACAUCGGUACAAACGGCGGCGGCGGCGACAACAAUCCGAUGCACUUUAUGAGCUCGGAAUUUGUCCACAAAAUCAAUCACUCGGUAUCGGCACUCGAGUACUCGGUUUCCGGCAAUUUUAUUGUAUGGUUCAAAAUGUUUUCGUUUUACGAAUCAAAGACAACAAUGUUUGGCGCGCCGUUUGUCGACAACCGCGACAACGAUCUCCAGCACCAGCCGGGCGUCAACUAUAUGGUCAACAUUACCGGAUCGUCGCCACCGCGGACAAUGGCAUUGGAUUGGAUACACAAUCUCCUGUAUUUCCCGAUGUGUUCAACCAGUUUGCUAUACGUCAAUAAGGGUGUCUACGUAAUGAAUCUGACAGCUCAGUCACCGACCAUCUAUCAGGUUGUACCGCACGACCAGUGCGUUACCAAAGACGUACGGGUCGACCCGGUACAGGGCUAUCUGUUUUGGACUGAACUACACGAAUCGGUACCGACUACUUCCAGGACUGGCGGCGGCUAUUCACGACUAACCAGUAGCUACCGAUCGUACGGUGGAUCGACUUAUGGAUCGACGACCUACAAGAGCCAGAUAUGGCGGUCAUUACAAGACGGCGAAAACAAGACACUACUUCACGAGACGCCACUCGUUCGCCGAAAUACACUGACAUUGGAUUUGGCCGAACAACGACUCUAUUGGAUUGAUAUGCAAUCGGUGUUGACUACAGUCAACACACUGUACUCUAUACGCUAUGACGGAACUGAUCUGAAAGCCAUUCACACAUUUCAGCGACAGUUCAAAGAUUCGGUAGUAUCGGCAAUGGAUGUCUUCGGGAAUCAUGUCUAUUGGACAGAGAAUACAAACGAUACGAUUAUGCGAAUACCUAAACGCAAAACAGGAGCCGAGUCGGUGACGCUGACCGAAAGCCAGACACCCGAACCGGAACUGGUGUUGCAGUCCAGUGUCGAUAUCGACUCGUUUAAGAUUAUACACCAGUCUCGUCGGCCGAGCGGUCAGAACAAGUGCGCUCAACAUAACUGUCAUAAUAUUUGUCUACCGAUGCCAACCGGCGCCGACAAUCGAUUUCAUUCGUGUUUCUGUAUGCAAAACGAGGUCUGGAAUGGCCAUCAGUGUGUCUACUCGGCCACUACCGGCACCGGCGGCGGCGGCGGCCAAACAACGUCGAUGUCUACAUCGGUUAUUGGCGGUGGCGGCGGCGGUAGCGCUACCGGGAUUACCGCCGGUCGUACGCCGUCGACAAGUUCGCGAUCGUUUGAAGUGUUGAACCCAAAUAAGACCCGAUUGUUGUUUGUAGUCUACAAAGAGGGAGUCUAUGUAAAGCCGGAAAUCAAUGAACUGAAUACCAAUUAUAUGGACAGUCUUGAUCUGUAUCCGGAUACCGAUUGGAUUACCGAAGUUGACUACAACUAUCGGGACAACUAUAUGCUAUGGUUGGAAAGUAAUAUUUUUGACGGUUUCAAACUAAACGCUGCACCCAUUGAUAAAAACAAGACCAGCCGCUAUGGUCCCGGUGUUACACUGUUGUUGAUGCGGACAUUCAAUGCCAAACGGCUGUCCUACGACUGGAUCCAUAAUCUAGUCUAUAUGGCCAUCGACAGCAACAAGUGUAUCGAUGUGUUUACAUUGGCACCCAAUUGGUACAGUUAUACAGUAGUCAGUCACGACUCGACACAGGGAGAUGUGGCCGUCGAUCCGGUUAAUGGUGUACUGGUUUGGUCGCAAUGGAAAUACCUAUCGUUGUCCAACCAGCACACGGGUCAGAUAAUGCGGGCCAAUCAGGACGGAUCGGAUCAGCGGACACUGUUCCAGUCGGCAAAGAUACCGAAUACACUGGCCCUGGAUAUGGACAGUCAGCUUAUCUAUUGGAUCGACACAUCGCAGUACUCGCUUAGCCGUAUAAGCUAUACGGGUUCUGGUCAUACGGUAAUACUGACCUCACAGGCACUGUUCGACGGCGCCUUUUCGAUGGACGUGUUCGACGACUACGUGUUUUGGUCGAACUACGAGAAAAACAACAUUCUGGUCACCCAUAUCUCGGGUGCUAACGGUACUGAACCGUUACCCCUGGUCACCGCCUACACAGAUCUGGAAGGACUACGUGUGCUGGACAGUAGCCGACAGCCGAAUGCCACCGAUCGCUGUGCACAACAUAAUUGUUCGCAAAUUUGUCUGCCGGCCGCUGGCGCCGAUAGCUACCGGUGCGUAUGUUCAAAAUCACAGCUACCGUUUACCAGCCGGUGCGCUGAACAGCAGACAACAGAACAGUCGACGACAACAACAACAACAAUGACAUCAUUGAUAACAACUGAACCUACAGUUGAUGGCAGUCUUCGCGGUGAUGAUAGUAAUGAAUACAUGACAACAAUAACUACGACACCAACCACCACAACAUCGGCACCAGUAGACUAUGUCAGACCAGUGGCCAGUCAUGUGAUUGCCAAUGAAGAAGAUCCCAUACAUUCACAUAUCAAAAAUCUGACCAAUCGUUUGGAUUCGCUGGUUCAGGGAGUGGACAGCGCUCGGGGAACAACACUAACCUGGGUUUCGGUAGCUGUAGUAUCGGUUGUCGUCAAUGUUUUGAUUAUAAUAUCGUUAUAUAUUUAUUAUAAGCGCAAAAAUCAACUAUCCACACAAAUGAGGGCUCAGUUCAGUAAUGAUAGAGAAGAGGUAUAUCUAAAUCAGGGUCACAGCACUGAUAAUAUUGUUAUCGAAGAGGAACGGGACUAAUAGACAACUAUUUUUUUAGUUAAAAAAUAAAAUAAAAUAAAUAUAAUAUUUUAUAACUUUUAAAAUAACUA